AUGGAAUCGCCAUCGGCGCGUCGCAGGCGCUCGCCGCCGCCGCCGAAUGGAGCCAGCUCCGGGCGCCUUCAGCCGUCUUCAGACCGCAUCAGCGCUCUAGCCGACGACAUGAUCCUGCUGAUCCUCGCACGCCUCGGCAGCGUCCGCGCCGCCGCGCGCACCGGCCUCCUCUCGCGGCGGUGGCUCGGCCUCUGGACGCGCCUCGCCGAUCUCGCCUUCCGCGCCGACGCGGCCGACAAGAUCGAGGCGGCGCUCGCCAGAUUCUCCGCCGCCGCUUCGGCCGUGGCGUCCUCCAUCCGCAUCAGCUUCCCGGUAACACCACGUGAACCGAGCCCGCUGCUGCGCGCCGCGGCGCUGCUCUCGCCGGCGGAGCUGGUGCUCGUCCUCAGGGAGGAGCCUCGGCAGGCGUACGGCGGAGCCGUGGUGCUGCCCUGCUUCCACCGCGCCGCCUCGAUCGAGGUCGACGCCGGGCUGCACAUCAUCAGGCCGCCGCCGGCCGGGGAGUUCCCCGCGCUCGAGAGUCUGUCCCUCGCCGGCAACGUCGCCGGCCUCGGCGCCUUGCUCGGCCGCUGCCCGCGCCUGCGCGUGCUCGCCGUCACCUUCCGCGGCGUCGAUCCCGACUCGCUCGAUGCCGAGCUCGCCGCGCUCGAACCGGCGGCGGCGCGCGGCCUCGAGCUGUCACUCUUCGGCGUCCACUUUGACACUCGCCACAGACACGGAGUCGACGCCGCUCGAUUCCACCGCCUUCUCUGCACCGCGGCGAGGCUGUCGCCGCAGAAGCUCAGGUUCACUCACGAUUUUGCCCUGGAUAUGGAAGCAGCAGCCCACCUGCCCUGCUUCCACCGUGCCACUUCGAUCGAGCUCGACGUUGGGUUGCUCAGGAUCAGCCCGCCGCCGUCCGGCGAUUUCCCUGUCCUCGAGAACUUGUCCAUUGCUGGCAACAUCGUCGACCUCCGCACCUUGCUCGGCCGCUGCCCGCGCCUUCGCAUUCUCGGUGUCGUCUUCCGUGGUGUGCUCCAUCUCCGCGCGCUCAAAGCAGCUCUCAAGGCACUUGAGGCGGCGGCUGCCGCGCUCGGCCUCACCUUGUCCCUCCUCGGCGUCGACAGUCGCUCCACAGACAAUCUUUACGCCCCGGGAUUCCGUGAUCUUCUCCGCGCCAUGGCGAGGAUAUCAGUGCAGAAGCUCGUAUUCACUCACCACUUUGAUUCACCCAUUGAGGCCAACCUACCUUGCUUCCAGCGUGCCAUGUCAAUUGAGCUGGAUCUAGAAAAUGUAUACUUCACAGCACUGCUGGAUGGCGAGUUCUCGGCGCUCGAGGGGCUGUCCAUCUCUGAGGGUUGUAGCAUUGUCGACCUCAGCACCUUGCUCAGCCGCUGCCCACGCUUGCGUGUGCUCAAGGUGGCCAUGGCUUCGGGUGAUGUCACGGUCCACUCGGCGUCGGUGCAGGACCUUCAUGUCCAUAGUAACACGGAAUGCCACACCAUCGACAUAGUCACACCCAAGCUUAAGAAAUUGGAGAUGGAGAUUUCGGCUGGUAGUGGUAGCGAACUCAGCGUGUCCAUCUCAGCGCCUAUGGUUGAGAAGGUCUCAUGGAAGCGCCGGUACACAACAUCGGCUGUGAUGUUUGGUUUCUGGCGUCUCGAGUGCGCGAGUCUAGAGAGCGGGCAAGAGCUAGACACAUGUGACCCUCGUGUGCAUACCUUGUGCUUGCACAUAUCUUGCAUUCUUAGCGGUCGUCUGGGUUCAAGGCCGAUCUUAGCAAAGGAGACGGAGAAACUUUUGAUUACCAACUUCUCAGUGCUGGACCUAAGACUGUGCACAUGUGGGCACAUUUUCGGCGCACUGGUGCUGCGUAUACUCGGGAUGGAGCGGAUUCGUGCUGCUACGGAGAAGCUCAAGAUCGUCAUCCAACCAUCGUGUCCACCGAGACGAGCUUGCUCAGGAAAUUGUCCUUGUGCUAACCCCAAGAACUGGAGAAGGCAAAGUAUCUCCUUGCCAUGCCUCGAUGAAUUGGAAAUCGACGGGCUCACCGGUGAGGACCACGAGAUUGACUUCUUAGGCGUUAUAUCCAAAUGCUCGCCGAUGCUUAAAAGAGUGACGGUCAAGCUGGCAUGUACUUUUGGAGAUUGCAGCACCAAAAUCUACAACUGUUUCGUGGCGUAUCCUUCCGUGAAUUGCCAUGUCUAUUCGAGCUCUGGUAAUUUAGUUGAGCAAGCAUCCGGUUAGCGUGUC